AUGGCUACACUGAAAGCUGCACUGGAAGACAGCACUUAUCCUGGGCAAAGGAGGUUUGUCAUCUAUGGCCUAGGAGGUUCUGGUAAAACCGAGCUUGCGAUAAAGUAUGCCGAAGAAUAUCAGCGGAACUACUGGGGCGUGUUCUUUGUGGAUGCUACUUCCCGAAAGACGGCGUCUAGGAGUUACUUGGAAAUCGCUAACGUGGGAGGAGUCGAGCCUAAUGAGAAAGCAGCCAAGAACUGGCUGACUACCCAGGUCCUUCCCUGGCUUCUCAUUAUUGAUAAUGCCGACGACGACGAGGUCAAUAUUGAAGAACUUCUUCCAGCGGGAACACAAGGCUGCAUCCUGAUAACGUCGCGGAAUCCGGCCCACAAGUCACACGGCACCGUUGGCGAAAGAUACUUGGAACUCCAGGCCAUGGAGGCCGGUGAGGCCAACGAACUUAUACUCAAGGCCGCUGAGGAGCCGUGCCCAUGGCCUGAGACCGUGAUAAAAUCGGCUAGCGCCAUUUGCCAUGCCCUGGGGUUCCUCCCCUUGGCCCUGGUCCACGCUGGAAAGUCCAUUCUCCUCGGCCUCUGUUCUUGGGCGGGAUAUUUGAAAUUCUACGAACGCCAAGUGGAGAGAAUCCGGCGCCGUCGGCGCGAGAGUGGUUCGGGUAGAAGUCGGUCUGAGGAGAACAGCGGCAGCAUCGCCGUCUUCUCCAGCUACGAAAUUCUGUACCAGUCCCUAGAAGCGUCACAGAGAGAAUCGUUUCAGGAUGCUGUUGAGCUUCUUAACGUGUUUUCCUAUUUACAUUUUCAGAAUAUUCGGCUCGACAUUUUGAUCCUCGCAACUACGAAUCCUCUGAGGGAGGCAUCAGUAAGGGAAAGGGAGGCACAAGAAGCAGAAAACCUGCAGCUGAAUGUCCCUCAUCCAAGGAAGACAUGGCGCCACUGGAUGAGAGAGCUAGCUGCGCGUAUGCUUGGAUAUCUUGAUACUCCGCCACCAUUGCCCGCCGCCCUGCGGAACCCCGACGGCCUCAGUGGCAGCGUUCUCGAGGGCGAGGUACACGUCCGUCUGAGUGAAGCCCUAAAGGUUCUCCUUUCACGGUCACACAUCAUGAAGCAAGAUCGGUUAGAAGACCGGUAUAGCAUGCAGCCCUUGGUCCACAAGUGGGUCCGCGAGCGUCCCGAUAUGUCGACUUCGCAACAAGCCCUCUGGUGCCAGGUUGCUGCUAACACCCUAGCAAGGAGCAUCCUGCUGCCUCCUCUCGGCGACACCGAAGACGAAAGGAGAACGAGGCGGGAACUUCUUCCCCAUAUAAAUCAUGUACGGACUUGUCGGGAACUCAUCUUUCACAGGAUGGAAGAAAACCGAGCCUCAAGGAGAAACAAACUCUGGCCGGUGCUGAAUAGGGGCUUCAGCAGGCAUGACGCCAAUGAGCUCGCACGCUUCAGUCGAAUAUAUUCUGAAUGCGGACUUUUUCACGAUGCGCUGGAGCUUCAGUCAAAGGUGCGGAGCUUUGUUAAUGCGAUGCUAGGCGAAGAUCACCCUCUUUCCAUCAAAAUUACUCUCGUUGUGGCAGGGACCCUCUGGGAGCUGAGCCGCGCUGCCGAGGCUACGGAACUGCAACAACGCGCACAUCGCAUAUGCGUGGAAUCUCUCGGGCAAGACAAUCCUAUCAGUCUUAAGGUCGCUGACCUGCUAGGUUCCGCCCUGUGUUGGAAGGGCCGCUGGUCUCAGUCCCUGGCGCUCCACCAAAGAACCGUCGAGGGUAUGAACACGGUAUACGGCGCGCAGCAUGAAACCACACUCAAAGCCGUUAGUAACCUUGCUCGAGUAUAUCUUCGAUAUAUGGAGUGGGAAACGGCAGCCGAACUGCACCAUCAAGCUUGGGAGGGGAUGAAGAAGCAACUCGGCGAGACGCAUCUUGAUACUCUAAUAUGCCUCGAGGACCUUGCCAUGGCCCGCAUGAGGAUGGGAGAGCAGUACCUUGCAGAAUCCCACAAGAUGAUGCAGUUCGUCCUGGAACAGCGGACAAAGGUAUUGGGGAAGGAGCAGCCGUACACCCUGCUGGCAAUAUGCAACCUAGGUCGAGUCAAGUCCGCGAUGGGUCAGCACGCCGAGGCCGCAAAAAUCAUGAGCGAAGCCGUCAUAAUCGCCGAGCGCAAUCUGGGCGAGGACCACUUUGGAGUCUUGGCCGGCAAGACGCACUAUGCACAGGUUCUCGUCCAUCUAAAGAGGUUUAAGGAAGCGGAAGAAAUCCUCCACGCCGUCGCCGACAAGCCGCAGUACCGGAAAGCAACUGACCAGGACGGCGAACAUCCGGACCGCAUCAUUGCGCUGUGGUAUUUGAUUGGCUGCUUAGAGAGGCAGGGCAAGUUCGCUGAGGCAUUGGAGACCUGUGAGGGAUUGGUUAACUCUUUGCAGGAGAUUGGGGGUAAUGGGCUGGGGCCAAAACAUAAGUUGGCUUUGAUGUUGCAACGCGAGAUCGAAAAGCUAAAGGGGAAGAUAGACGGGGAGGUGGAAACUGAAGAGGCAUAUGUUGCUGUUCCUGGGGAGAUUUAA